GUUUGCUCAGCCUCUGAGGCUCUGAGUCACGACUCACCACGACCCUUGUCCCCUGAUAUCCUCUUCCUCCACUGGUCCCUCGGCCCACCCAACUGAAGAACUGAUCAACUGAACCACGGUGAAAAAACUGAACCACCGAGAAACCAAGCCCUUUGGCUGUCCUCCUCCUCAGUCCUCCGCUUGACCAGGCUGCCGCGGAGUGAAGUGGGGAUCCGCGCGGGUCUCUGCUCCUUCCCUCACUGCUUCUGAAGGCAAAGAUUAGUGGGAACAACAUUUUAUGUGAUGAUGGUGCAGGCCACACACGGUUCAACACUGGUGCAUCUGUUCAUGCCAAUUGAGUGGCAUGUUUGAUUGCUUGGCUAUGGCCGUGCAGGUAGUCAGCCAUGGUUUUCCUUCUGACAGAGAUGUCUUGGAAUGUACUGAUCUCACCUGACCAGCUGAGCGCCAAGGGUCUCUUGCUCCGUAAGUUUAUCAUUGUGCGUCUUCUGGAGGACGUAACAAACAGGAAGGCCUCCAAGGAGCAUGGCUACUACAUUGCUGUUAAUGAGCUGAAGGAGAUAUCUGAAGGGAAAGUCCGUGAGCUGACUGGAGAUGUUCUUUUUCCGGUCACAUUCACCUGCAUCACACUGAAGCCUAUGAAGGGUGAGAUCUUGGUCGGCUCCGUGGACAAGAUCCUCAAGCAUGGCAUGUUCCUGAAAUCUGGACCAAUAGAGAACAUCUUUCUGUCAGAGAAGACAAUGAACGACUACAAGUACAUCGGUGGCGAGAACCCGAUGUUCAUGAAGGACCACUCAAAGCUGGAGAAGGACACGAUCGUGCGCUUUAGGGUCAUGGGCUUCCGCUGGAUGGAAGGAGAUCGCCAGUUCCAGCUCCUUGCUACGCUGGCUGGUGAUUUCCUCGGGCCGCUGUAAGCUGCUUCCAUCGAUCUUGCUUGAAGCAUGCCAUACCAAACGCAUGGUUGGUGUAACUUGUCAGCACUCGAUGCCAAUGGCAUUUGGUUCCGUGUUUUAACCUGUUAGUUUACUGUGAAUUGGCUUCAUGUUUUAACAUAUCAGUGUACUCUGAAUUGGCACCGUGUUUUAACAUAACAGUGUACUGUGAAUUGUGACGAGACAGCUUUUUAACAUAUCACAUUCUACUUGCCUGCA